CCAGCAAUCUGUGGACACCUUAGACAAUUUCACUAUAAACCUCUUGGUCACUUUCAUCUCCACUGCUUUUCCCCUGGCUCUGAAUUACAGCAUCACUCUGGCCUAGCAGGAGGAAGGAGGGAAAUCCUGCUUUGCAUCCUGACAACUUUUGCGGCGGAGGCCUGGGGAGAUGGAUGGCGGAGACAUGCAGGCGUUAAUUCCCCACGCACAUUCCAGCAUGGUGUCUGUUGGAGAAGGAUUUACACUAGUCGCUGGCAUUUGAUUCCUCUUUCUUCUGCUUUCCUGGGAGACGAGAUCUCCGAGAAGAUGCCUUUGGUGCUGUGGGCUAUUUGCCUUGGUGUCCUGGAUACGGUCCUUUGCAGUUACUCAGAAGACCAGUGCAGCUGGAGGGGGAGUGGCCUGUCCCAGGAAUCAGGCAGCGUGGAGCAGAUCUCGCUACACUGUGCCGAGGGCUCACUGGAAUGGCUGUACCCAGCUGGGGCUUUACGCCUCAGCCUCUCCCCCCGCCUCCCCACGAGCAUUGCAGCCGAAGGGAAGAGCCCCAGACAGGUCACCACCUGUAUCAAGCCCUCCAGCACCUUCCGAGGAGCUCAGAUCUAUCUGGAGAGGAAUGGGAUCCUGGAGCUGUUGCUGUCUGAGGCAGAUGCAUCCCUCCGCCCCAGGGUGCACUGCUUCAGCUGGCAGCCCCAGGAGAAAGUAGCACUGUUCCUUCAGUCUACCUUGCACCAGGACAUCAGCCGUCGGAUCGCUGCCUUCCGCUAUGAGCUGCGGGGAGACUGGAACUCACGCCUCUCACUGACCUCCAGCAAUCUCAGCAUGGAAGGGGCAUGCCGGCCAUGUAAUGACACUGAGAUCUUGAUGGCCCUUUGCACCAGUGACUUUGUCAUUCGUGGCAACAUCCGGAGUGUCUCCAAUGAUGUUGAGAUGCAGGAAUCCAUCAUCAGCGUGAGUGCCAUGCGCAUUCACCGGCAGAAAUUCACUUUGUUCCAGCCUGUCAGCAAAUCCAGCAAAUCCACGGGCAGCAUCCACACCCUGCUGCAGUGUGGAGUGAAACCGGGACCUGGCAUCUUCCUCUUCACGGGGUGGCUGCACUUUGGAGAGGCCUGGCUCAGCUGUGCUCCUCGUUACAAAGACUUCCGGCGUAUCUACGAGGAUGCGCACCAGGCUCAUGAGAACCCCUGCGAAGUCUCGCUAGACUGAGCAAUGAGGGCAGGGGCAUUCAGCCCAACCCUUGGGAAUGAGGAUCACCAGCUGCAACAACAGUGUCACCAAGGGCUCACAUCCACCAGCCUGGGGCUAGCAAGAGUUCUCCCCAUCCCAUACACACCUGCAGUGGUCCCCAUUCCUGCUUCACUUGCUCUGUGCUGAAGAAAGUUGUAAGACACCUUCAGUGCUAACAGUAACCUGGCCUUGGCGGAGGAGAUCCCCAGACUGCUGAUUAUGAUCAGGCAUAGUAAUACACACAGGACUGACUAAUGGAGAGCAGGACUUCUAGUCAACCCUCCCUUCAAGUAGCUUGAGGGGACAAAAAAUGCCAGUGAAAUGACACAGUCUCUCCACAGUUGCUAAGUCAUCCUUGCUAUCCCAGGAUUCAUUGCCAAGCGAGUGACAGCACUGAGGGACUCUCUUCCUGUACUGUGCCUGUUCAGAUUAAGCAUGGGAGUGGGCUGAGCGUGGAGAGGAGAUGAUGGAUCACCAGAACUGGAAACCGAUGCAUGAGCAACUCUGUUCCUCAUUUUGCACUGAAACACACCCAAACAUUGCGGAAAAGGCUUUGGCAAAACCAGCCAAUGAUGGGGGAGCCUGUCCGUGAAAAUCCUGCCCGAAGAAAGAGGCUAUUCUAACUUCACCUGGUUUGAUCCUUUGGACCUGAUUCAGCAAAGUUAUUGAGCACAUGCUGUCAGUCCCAUUGAUUUCAAAGGGACUAAGGCCUAGAGCCUCAAAGGUAUUUAGGCAUCUAUGUGCUUUGUAGAAUCGGAGCCUUGCUGUCCUGACAAAGUUUGGUUCUGAAGUAGCCCUGCUUCCUCUCCUUCCCCCGGAGGAACUUCACCCCUCUAGGGAGGGGAGGAAGACCCAGGAAGUGGCAGCUACCAUGUUUACUUUCCAUUUAGUAUUUCUUUGGGUAGAAAUGUGAAGACACUGCUCUGUACAUACCUUGGGAAAGUCGGGGAUAGCUAUACCAUGGGAAAGUGGGGGAGAGUUGGAACAGGGUUGGGGAUAUCCGCUGGGUGGGCUCUUGAAAGGAUGUAAAUUAAUGGAUCACAGCUAGAAAUUUGCCUAUCUGUGGUUCUGAACUUGGCUGCCAAAAAGUUGCCCCAUGGAGUCCUCACGGGCAGCCUUAAGACUUUGAUUAAACCAUUAUGUGAAUGUAUACACAAGCUCAGUGCUGCUCUUCAACCUCUUGUCAGCAGAGCCCUCACUCAAAGCCCCAUGCACAGACUUUGGCAACACCUCUUUCCACACAUUUACCUCCAUCCCUCAAACCUGGCAUUGUCCCUGCCUUCAGCAACACCCAAAAUGCAGAAUCACCAAAAAGCUUCUAGGAAACUUUAAAGUAGAGGUAGGCCCAAGCUGAGAUUGGUUCUAAACUUCCCCAGAGUUCUGCUUUAGAUCCAGAUCCAGGGUUCUGGUUCUGAUGUGCCAGUCUGGUUUCAUUGCUGCACUAAAGAAGCUGACACCAUUUUAACAUCACUUUUGUGCUGUCUCUGGUCUAUGUUCAUCAUCUACGGGCCUUGACAGGACAAGAUGAGUGGGAAGAACCUCUGUGAAAUUCAGCUUGAAGUGGUCCAGAAGGCAGUCAGUCCAGUGUGACUCAUAGUAUCAUAGAAUAUCAGGGUUGGAAGCCAAGGCUUUGUCAAGACUCCUGUGUGUACAGCAGCGAACUCUCACCAGGGAAAUCUUUGCUAAGCCAUUUAUUCUGCUUUUUUAAAAUGAAGAUUUGGGUAGACUGUAGUUUGAAGAAAAGGCUCCUGUAUAAUAGACCCCAUAAACUAAUGGCACCUGUGGGAGCCAGAGUGCAUGGAAGAGAUGUGACUGGAGAGCAUAGGUUUGUCUUUCUGCAGCUUGUGUGUUUCUGAGCAGAUGGAAUCUCAACACACUAUAGAUAUACAGUAUUGCCAACCUUGUGUGUAUUGUAGGAGAUGGACUUGCAACAUUGUGAGGAGUCCCUAUGUAGAAUCUGUAUCUGUGAAACAGAGAUUGUCAUGCCAUCCCAGAUCAGUGUGCUUAAUCUGCUACCACUGGUGGUGGAAAGUGGGGAGGCAACAGCUGCUGAUGGAAGUAUUCAGGCAGAAAGAAGCAAAGAUCUUGGGAGGAGUGAGCAAGAAAGCAGAAGCCUGUCAUUGGAGAACAGGAGACAGGACUAAGGAUCAAGAGAUUCAAGAGACUCUUCUCUUCUAGGUCAUUGCUUACAACUGCAGAGAACAAUCUCUUUGUUUGAUUAUUGGGGUAUGUGGGAAAGAGAUCUGGGUUUUCAGUUUUAAGCUGACACAUCCACUUUGUGCUCAGUAGUUGUAGAACGGAAAUUUUGAGUUAAAGGAACAGAUCUGAGGGGAGUUUGGGAUGAAGUCAGUCACACCAGUUAACUAUCAGCAAGCUCCUAAUUUAAUGUGGAGACUGCUGCUAAAAGCCCAGGAGUUUUAGCCCUGGGCUACACUACAACUUUCAGUUGAGUUUGUAACUCAUUAGUGGCACAUCUGACUCUAACCAUGGCUUGUGUCUACAUACACAACACCAUUAAUACUCAGUUAACACUUGUGGCAGUUACCUAAAUAGUUUUGGCUGAAUUAGGAUCUAGGCUGGAACCUGGUUGGCUUUUUGUCACCAGUUCGUAACAUGUUUUUGCUGUGCAGGCGGACAGCCCAGCAUGCACUCUACUCUAGACCCUGUUGAGGUGUCAUGAGAGUGGCCCAGAUUUUCCCACAAUGCACUGCUACAAACCUAGGGUAAGUGUGAACACACAAACAUCUGUAAGAUGGUUGCACUGUGAAAAAAUCAUAACGGGGACAUGUCUGUUGUAAAGGGUUAGAUGAGACAGAUUACAACACCAUUGUUUCACAUGUAGUGUUGGAUGGGACCAGAGGCCAAUGAGUGACAGUGCACAUGAUUCUGGCCCGCUGCCUAUCCAAACAUGCUUAUCUGGGAGAGGAGAGAUAUUUGACAAUGGAGUGUGGACAUCAUAUGUGCACUGAAGUUAUAAUGAUACCAAAUUUGUGAUUUUUUUUUAAGACUAAACUUUAUGUGUAAAGCAUGGUUUUGUUUUGUUUUAAUUUGAAAUCUUAAUAUAAAGUGCAUAUCCACAGCUGUAAAACACUGCCAGGCACAUUACCUGUUGCUGUUAUAUAGGGUGUAGUUAAUGGCCAUGAGAAUCUUUGUAAUUGAGUUUGUACAUAUAAUGUCUAUUUACAAGAUAAGGAAGGAAGCCCUGAUUCCGCGUAGUUUGUAAUAAUGAGAUUUCUUGUCAUCUGUGGUUUUGAAAUACCAUAUUAAAAAAAAUCAGUAUUUCUAGCAACUCUUGCAUCCGUGAUUUUUUUUCUGGGGACACUGGGUCAGGCUGUGUUCCUGUCUCACUAGUUUAGAAACAAAACUGAUUUUGGGAAAGUUAACAAAAACUAAUAACUGAGAUUUUGUAAGAGCUUAACAAGUUGGAGAGAGGCUUUCACAGGGCUUUCCAGGUGGAUAGCAGCUAACAAGCUUAGCCCAUGAAGCACCCAGGUAGAAGCAUCAUGUGAUUGGAGCAAACUCAGUGUCAAAUUCAGCCCUGGUGUAUCUCUGUUUAACUCAAUAGCCUUAGUCCUUUGGUUUAACCUACCCUGAUGUCAAUGAACCUGUCUGCUCUGAACCAGAAAAGGAGUCAGGGAGUAGCUGCAUUCAGACUUUCUCGGCAUUCUAAUGACAGCUGUGUUGGUUUCAUUGUAUAGCGUAGGUAGGACCAUCACCUCAUUCCUGAAAUAUGCUACAGCCUUAAGCCUUAGCAUGCUCUACGGACAUAUCUGCAUUACAAACUGGAAGUCACACUUAAAAUUAAGAUUCUUUUAAUAGAGGGUUAAUAGACAUUUUAAUAAAUCGUUGAUUGUUACGGAGUCCAACAAGUUACUUAUAACCUGACUUGUUACCCUCUGUAACACCUUCUGUUGAUGUGCUUAUAACCACCAAUUGCACAAUACUAUUCAUGUCUGUAACAUGCUUAUACCUUUACCAAUAAUUUAUUAACCAUUUAUAUACAGAAGGCUGUUGUGUAUGUGAGAGGCAACAUUGUGGAGCUCUGUUACAACACAGGAAUGCCCUGACCACCUGUGUAAUAACAUGGAUUGCUUUGGCCCUCGUAGAUUGAACCAACCCAUAGGAGAGUUUGUUUACAGGACUGGAACUGGUAGUGAGGAGGACAUGUAAACAGUGGUUGCACUUUCAGAGAUUUGAGCCAUAGAGUGGCAGCUAAGUGGCUGUCCUCUUAGAUCUCUUGUCUGUUGAAAGGAAGGGGUCUGAAUGGGAGGCUAGUGAAGUAUAUGGCCAGGUACUUCGCCCCAUGCUUCCAUUUUCUUAAUCAUCAGGUCCCCUUACCUCUCCUGCAGGAGGAGCAUCUGCAUUGAAAUUUCUGCCUUUUUAACACAAGCUAGGGGCCUGGACUUAAACCCAACAGAAGUGAAAUGAGGGAGCAGGAGAAGGACCUUGCCCCCUACAUUUCUGACCCCCCUUCCCUCCCCCCCCCACUUCUAACAGGUCCAGCUGCAGUCAGGCUGUGGAAAACACAUUUUUUGGAAGUGAGCAGCAUAAAGGGGCAGCUUGGAAUUAGGUUAAUGAUGGCGACUUGGUGGUGCAGAGAGUCCGGGCUCACGUUGUAGGGGAGGAGGGAGGGUCGCAUUGCUGAAAUAGCUCUGGUGGAGGAAGGGUAGGCAAGAGGUGAGAGAGACUCCCAUCAGAGGUGCUGUCAGGCCUAAUUCUUGUCAUACAUCACAAACCACAAGGCCUUAUUGUGCUGGGCUGUUAAACCCAAUUUUCCCAGCGAAGCACAGAGAUCACGUCUUGACACUUCCAUGCUCCCACAUUUCCAGCCCUCCUUUUGCCUCUCCCAAUCUUUUCUGUAAAUUAAUUCAUACCCCUAAUUUUUGCUCUCUCUUUCCCAUACCCUUCUCCCAAAGCAGAUGUUUCCCUUGGACAUGACUUGCUGGAGGGUGGGCGGAAGGUGGGGGGGUAAACAUAGUUGUCUGAUAGCACUCCCACUCCUCCCCUGCCCCUUUCAAAUUUUCCUUCUGGCUUCAUCAACCCCCUUGACCCAGGGAUAAAAAAGCUGCAAGUCUCCCUGCUGGGAAAGAGAAAUUUGUAAUGAUUCCCCAACGCUUUGGCCUCCCCACAUUCUCACAGGAUAGCACCAAACGCUUGCUCCUCUGGUCAGCCCCUCAAUUCACUUCCUGGACCAUCAAUUCUCUUAACUGGAGCUGUAACAUGCUCCAAACUCUCUCACACAGAUAGGCCAAAUCCACUGUCCCACAGCUGUUCACACAAGGAAGGAAUAAACAGAGGCUGCUUUACAGAGAGAGAGAGAACCAAAUAAUUUCCAAGCCUCCAACACAGCACUCCCAGAACGGGGCAGAGGGGACUCUGUAGGCAGGAGGGGCAGGGACACCCCCUCCCAGGGUGGGGCAGAGGCACCCUCCUGCUGUCUGCUAAUAGUUAUCAUCAUCAUUUGCUUUGUGGCACUGCCUAAGAACUCUAUGGGGCCAGGUGCCACACCGCCAAGAAGCCAGUCCAUUGUGGUAUUCCCUGUGCCAUACAAUAGUCAGCAAGUGCGUGAAGCUGGGGAAAGGGACUGGGCCAACAGAAACCCUCUAAUACUUGUCAGCAGCAGUACCCAAUUCCUGCACUGUUGCCAACAUGCAGCAGCCCUGACUCGGGGCCCAGCUAUACAAGUCAGGCUAAUUUGCUCUCUGUGGCCCAUUAGCUCCUUGACCUCUCUGCUGAGAAACUGCCACAGUAGAAGCCAAUUAGUGCCACGUGUGGAGGUGCACUUUGAGAUGUGGACACUGUGGAUCAGAUGUUCCAGUCCUUUGCUCAGCUGAGCACACCAAUGGGGAAGUAGGUGGCUUUAAGCCAUUGUCUGCCAGGGCCUGCCUGGUUCCUGAUGCAAGUUGCCACAGGGCUGUUUUAGCUUAAGCUCUGGCUAUAGUGGUCUUUGGGACUACCCAGCUGGACUCAGGCCAUCCACUCUCUAUAGUACAUGUCUACACUGGGAACUGCAAAUAUGAGCAGCAUAAAGCCAUUGUGACAACUCUAAAUUGUCCAUGGAGCUCCCUUAAGCUGAGGCUAUUCCCCUCUGGGAAGGAGGCUCUGUCUCCUUUACACUAACAGAGGCCAGAAUCAGGAUCCCUGUGCAUCGGGAACUGAAAAGAAAGCUCCAAAACCAUUUUGCACCAGGCCUAAACUACAAUCAAAAGGUGGCUUUGAAUUGAGACCCAGCAGGUGAAAGACUCAAUCUCACUAACAAUUGGAAACCAAAGUUUUAUCCUAUAGAAGUGACACUUCUGCUGUCUUCCCUGGAGGCCAGAGAGAGAUGUGCAUCUCUGGUAGGGAGUAAUUGAGGUGAUUCAGGUGGUGCCUUUGGGGAAGGACAAUCUGAGUUCUGGUCCCACUGCUACCACCAAGUGGCUGUUGUGCAGCAUAAUUACAACACAUAAGAAGUUCAUCUAGGACUGCAGAUUUGCUACAGUGGUUUGCAGGGGCCCCACCUUUCAUCCAUGGAUCUCAAAGCACUUUACAAACAGGAGUGAAUGAAGCCUUGCAUGGCAAGGUAAGUCUGUAUUAGCCCCACUUUACAUGUUGGGCAACUGAGGUGACAUGACUUGUCUGAUGUCACAGAGUGAGUCAGUAGAAGAACCAGAUAGAAAAUCCAGAACUUUUGGCAUCUAAUCUCCAGAUCUAAGCACUAGACUAGACACACACCUGUGACGCAUGGCUAGAAAGGGUUAAACAGCUUGCAGGCUGAAUGACCCAAAACCCACCUUUAAAGUCAUGUUAGAAUGGUAUGUGAAUGAUAAUUAGGGCCAUUCAUGCUAGAUAGGCUAGAACUUUGAAAUGCAAACCUAUAUUGUUAGAAGUAAUACUAAUUGUGUUUGUAUCUUAGAUGCUACCCCUAAAAAGACAGUUCCUGUCUGUCACUAUAACUAUUGAUUCAGAGGUCAAAAGGGACUAUUAACAUUUGGAUGAAUCUUGGGUAAAAUAAUGUCAUUGUCUAUAUGUCUCUUUGAAGUUUGUAAUAGCCUGCCUAAUGGAUAAAUUGCCCUAUGUUAAUUUGUGUAACUAAUUACUGGUGGUGUUUAGAAAGCAAAAGGUUACAUCGAAAGCCUGUUGUUUAACCAGGACUGUGUGGUCAAGUGGAUGCUAGGACACUGUAUAAAAAGAUCCUUGUGUCCUGAUUCUGUCAUCUCAGAUCUGCUUAGACUUCAUCAGGGGAAGUUUGAGUUGCAAGAUUGAGGUCCCAGUUAGGCUAGUACGCCCUGAACAUGACAUUUGCACAUUGGACUAUAACCUAUGUACUAUAACUUUUUGCAACUACAAUGCUCACCAUCUCUGCUCUGAAUCUGAAUCUUAAGAAUUGAACUCGUGUCUCUAUGUAUAUUGAUCUUUUAACCAUACUCUCUCUUUU